AUGCCUGGUUCAAUCUCACCUACAUUGGUUCAAACCUCGACGUCCAAAAUCAUCACCCUAGCAGCCGGUUGUUUCUGGGGCGUGGAAAAAGUCUUCAAGAAGCAAUUCGCAGGCAAAGGCCUAGUUGACAUUAAAGUCGGUUACGCCAACGGUAUACCCACGGUGGGCAACAUCAACUAUGAAAAAGUCUGUCUGGGAUCAACCAACUUUGUUGAGCUGGUUCAAUUAUCUUAUGAACCUCUGAAGUUGAAAAUCGAAGAUAUCUACGACAUAUUUUUCAGAAUGCAUGACCCAACCACGGUGAACUCCCAGGGACCAGACACUGGUACCCAGUACAGAUCAGCUAUUCUCACUUCUGACGAAGAACAAAACAAGAUUGCUUGGGAUACAAAGGAGAAGUUUCAAAAGGAGUGGUAUCCUCAUCACAAGAUUGCCACUAUUAUCGAACCUAUCAAGAUCUGGUAUGAUGCUGAAGACUACCACCAGAGUUAUUUGGAGAAAAACCCGGGUGGGUAUGAAUGCUCUACUCAUUUUUUGAGGACAAAGCCCAAGGUGUAA